AUGGGAGGAGGUUUGGACGGCAUAGCACAUCACCCCUGGGCUCCAGCAGACACCUGCCCCAUCCAAAAGCCACCAGUAGCUCAGGAUAACGUUACAAUUGACACCAGAACAAGACAAAGUAACUCUCCCCACAGCUUCCCACACCCUGAACCACCAGGCCUCCUAACAAGGAAGGAAAGCUUGGGCACAAAGUUUGAAGUGCAGGAGAACAUCGAGCGGUUCUUCACCCGGUUCGUGGAGGAGGGCAAGGCCACCGUGCGUCUCCGGGAGCCCGCCGUGGACGUCUGCCUCAGCAAGGCAAAUGCCAGCAAUUUAAAGAAUUUCCUUUCAGCUGUGAGACUGGCUCACCAAGGGACCGACAUAGGAGCUCUCCCGCUCUCAGCUUUGGUACCAGCAAAGACCUCAGAAGUUGAAAAACCCAAGACAAAAAUGAUCAUAACUUCAAGAAGGGACUAUCCUCUCACCAAAAACUUUCCUUACUCCCUCGAACAUCUCCAAGCCUCGUACUGCAAACUUGCUCGGAUUGACAUGCGCGUGCUUUGUUUGAAGAAACUCCGAAAACUAGACCUAAGUCAUAAUCAUAUUAAGCAGCUGCCAGCUACUAUUGGUGACCUGAUCUGUCUUCAGGAGCUUAAUUUGCACGACAAUCACCUGGAGUCGUUCAGUGGGGCUCUGUGCAACUCCACCCUUCAGAAAUCUCUUCAGUUCUUGGACCUCAGCCAAAACAAAAUUAAGGCACUUCCAAUUCAGUUUUGCCAGCUGCAAGAACUUGUUAAUUUAAAGCUCGAUGACAAUGAGUUGAUUAGGUUGCCAUUCAAGAUUGGCCAGUUAGAUCAUCUACGCUUUCUGUCAGCAGCUCGAAACAAACUUCCGUUCUUGCCCAGCGAUUUUAGGAAACUCUGUCUUGAGAACUUAGAUCUGUUUGGAAAUCCUUUUGAACAGCCUAAUCCACUCGUUCCCAACAUACAACUGAAAAUACCAUUGACUUUAUUAGAGUGUGCUGCAAGAGAAACCAUAAAUUACAGAAUCCCUUAUGGCUGUCAUCUCCUUCCUUCUCACCUCUGUGAAGAUCUGGAAGUGGCUAAAACAUGCCAGUGCGGAAGUGCCUGUCUGAGCAGUUUCAUUCAGAUCACGGUCACCAUGAAUCUGCAUCACGUAGCUCACACCGUGGUCCUCGUGGAUAACAUGGGAGGUACGGAAGCACCCAUCAUCUGCUACUUCUGUUCUCUAGACUGCUAUUCCCAGUUCCUGGAUAGGUACCUGCAGAGUAACGGGUGA